AUGCCGAAGGAUUUCGACCUACCUCACAAUCUCGGACUGUCCACAGACAAUGGGUCCAUACGACGGGACCAGGCGACUUCCCUACAGGACGAGGAUAGGCUGUUUCCUCCAUCUUCUACACGUGUCCCACGCCCGGAGACGUUUCCUGAGCACAGUUUCUCGGAAAGACCCACAAAACGCCAGCGACGGGAUACCCAAAGUUCACCGGUCCCAAAAGUGAUUGACGACUCGGAGGAUAAUUUGACAUUACGAUCAGUCGUCGAUCCAUCGUCAACCGCUGGAAAUAAGCCACGUCAGUCGCCAAGUUCGAGCCAACAUUCUGACAAAUCCAAGAAAAAUAGGAAAGCUAAACUCAACGCAGUCGAUGAGUUUCGUCAGGUGGAGAAGAACGUCAGGAUUGACCGCCCUCAACCCAGUCCGAAGCUUGGAGCCAAGAGAUACCACCGUCGCUUUUCACCGGAGGAUGAUUUCGAACAGCGUUUUACCGAAAAUGCUACGAGACAACGACGUCUAUCGGCCCCCAGUGAUAGAUCCGAGGUGCUGCAGAGCGUUGAGAUCCAGCGCCCACGAGAAGCUGGGACUUCACCCCACCGCCUUUAUACGAAGAGCGGAAAGCGACGAAAUUCAGAUGCGCGCGAGAGCCCGGAUGAGUUACAAGGGGCAGCAACCGUGCAGCCCGCACCGGAUUCCAUCAGUGGCCUCCGUAAGAAAGACGUCAGGGGCGGAACCGAUCCAGAGGAAAAAGCGGGCACCACUAUGCAACGGGCAUCGUCACCGGCAGAUAUCCAACCGACACUCUUCGUCAGCUCAGCGCGUCAGGGCCAGGGGAAAUUGAAGGGGAAGAGCGCUAAAUUUAAAAAACGUGCUACCUCCUUUCGGUUCUUCCAGGCGACAUUUUUUCGGUUCGGAAAUAUUAUUGCGUCAGCAUCCGGCCCCAAGCCCAUCGAUCUAGUUGUGGACAUGGCUCAUGAGAUCCUCGAAAUGAAUGAGUCAUGUCAAAUUCUUCUUCAAAGAGUCGACAGGGUUCUUCGAGGAGACUCAGAGAGCUCCAAGGUCCGGCUUUGUCUAUCUAGGACGGAAGGCACCGGUGACUGCAAUGUGGAUAUAGAGCUCACCUCCUCUCAAGAAAAGCAAGAUUUUUGCUCCUUGUUUAUCAUAGGACAUUUCAACGUUGUCAACAAGGAAGGGCCAAGUAAAUGGAUGGACGACGCGUUCAAAAGGGGCAAAACCAUGAUGGCUUCACCACGGAACACGAACGGAUCCAAGCGACCAAGCUUGAAUGGCGUUUCUGAAUCUGUGCCUGAGGCACGAGUCGAAGUACUAAAACGACCUAAGCUUUCGACCUCGUUGGAAGACGAUCGCGGGAGCCUUUCUGUUCCUCUACCAAACCCAAAAGGCGCAUCCCACAGCCCCAAGCCACUACAUAAAUCUUGGGAUAUCUCUUCGAAUGAGACGACAAACCCUAUUUUCUCCAAAGUUGAUACUAAGGAGGCGGUCGAGAUACCAGUUAAAAAGUACAAAGGGGAAGCCACAAUCUCCAGCCGUGCGACAAGAUCGACCUCGCGGCGUACGCAGCCAGCAACAAUAGUAUCCGAUGACGAAGAGGACCAUUUGCCAGAACCGAAGCUUGAUCAAAAAUCAAAGAGAUGGCAGCAGUCGCUCGUGUAUCCACGGUUCGGUAAGAAGAAAGCUGAAGUUGACGCUUUAGACCUUGAGAGAUUACGGGAAAACGAAUUCUUGAACGACAAUUUAAUAGGAUUCUACAUACGCUUUCUGGAGGACCAUUUGGAACGGAAUAACAAGGAAGUAUCAAACAGGGUUUACUUCUUCAAUUCAUAUUUCUUCGCGACUCUCACGAAUUUACCACGGGGGAAACAGGGAAUCAACUACGAGGGCGUUCAGAAAUGGACAAGGAAUGUCGACUUGUUCAGCUAUGACUAUAUUGUCGUUCCCAUCAACGAAGCGGCACAUUGGUAUGUCGCGAUCAUUUGCAAUCUGCCGCAAUUACCGGGCAUCGUCAAUGAAAAUCCAGCGGUGGAUGAGGCGUCGAAGGGCAGCAGGGAACCUUCUACAGUACCGAGCCUUGAAGUCCCAGAAAUCUCAAACACACUCGAUGCCAAAGGAGGAAAUUCUUUCAAUAACGACGUGGCUGAACAUGCGAUUCGCCAGGGAUCUGUUCCCGGCAAAGAGGAGUUGGCUCGUGAAUCACUAGCUGCAAUGAGCUUAUUGGACCAAAAGGAGUCAAAGGACAAUGAAUCGCAGGAGGUGCCUCCUUCAGACGAAGAUUGGCCGGAAAAAGAGGAGAAUCCCCUCUCCUCACCUGCUAAAUUCUCUAGUCCCCGACGGGACGCUGGGUCUACGAAGCAGGUCGAUUCCCAAAACGCCAGCCAAACUUCUGCCGCGGGCAGUCAAAAAGGACGGAAGCCGAAGAAGAAGCGCCUGGGCCCAAAAUAUGAUGUACGGCAGCCAAUGAUUAUCACAUUUGACUCUUUGAAUCUGCCACGCUCGCCUACGAUCAAUGUGCUGCGGAAUUACCUUCAAGAGGAAGCCAAGUCGAAAAGGGGGCUUGAUAUCGAUACAAGCUUGAUCAAAGGCAUGAAAGCGCAAGAAAUCCCAUUGCAGCCCAAUUACUCAGAUUGCGGUCUCUAUCUGCUUGCAUAUGUGGAGAAAUUUGUCCAAGACCCAGAUACAUUCGUGACGAAGCUGCUUCGGAAGGAGAUGCGUUCAGAGGAUGACUGGCCGCCCUUGCGGUCUGGCCUCCUUCGGCGUCGCUUGCGAAAAUUUCUUGACGAUCUAUAUGACGAACAGAAGCAGAUGAAUCGCGAGAAGGCAAAUGAAAAGAUUACCAUGGCGGACAAGCAGCCGAUAUCUUUUCUUCUUGGACAUUCUGAGCCGGAAGGUGGACCAGAUGCUACGACCACCACGGCUGUCUCGCCUGUGCGAUAUGAGAAAUCACCAAGCAGAAAGCCAGCAGCGAAAAAUCUGGAUUUGGAACUUGCGAAACCCAACAGGCAUACUGCACGCGAAACACAGCCCAAAGCUAACUCGUCCAACGAUGAUGCAUUGGACGACGUGGUUGAAAAGGACAAGUCUUUGCCCCGAAAAUCUCCAGCGAGUUCUACAGAGCCAUCUGUUCGCGAAAUAGUCGAAGUUCCCGACAGCCAAGAGCAGGCAGAUGAUGACUCUCGAGCCUGCCAAUCGCAAACUAAGCCCCAAGGUCGACAGGAUGUGGGUAAAGACACAGUUCAAGUCCAAGUACCUCAGUACCCUGUGGAAGACAGUAGUGUCGAAGUGCGGAUCCUCGGAACUCCUCCCCCGGAAUCAUCUCCAGACGCGCAAGAUCGCAUUCGCAAGAGUCCGCGAGGUUUCAAAAGCAAAACCGGUCACGCAUGA